AUCCUGUCAUAGGAACAGGCGAACAAGGGAGGAGCAAGCUCGCACAGGCAGGAAUAGUUGUAAAUGUGUGUUUUGCUGAAAUGCUGUUGCUGCUUUUAUGAGAUGAAUAAUUAAUAUUGCCAAGCUUAUUGUUCAGAGUGGCAAUUUUCAGGUCCUUUGAACGGGGAUAUAGAGCUGUUGGAAACGUAAACCUCUCAUCUAGCAAUUUCUUUAGCAGCGUGUUGUGCCUUUUAUUGUUUGGAUCUGCCUGGGAGUGGCUUUAAGAUCCAGUAACCUGAUCUUUUAUCACUCUUGGAGGCUUCCUUUUCUGGUAUGCCCUGAUGCAUUCAACACAUGUCGGUAUUGUAUGCGACUGGCAAUCCGAAUGAUUUGGGCUCACUUUCUCUGUCAGCGAGAAACGGCAAAUCAUCUGCUGGUGAACCCUUCUGAGACCUGCCAGCGUCUGCAGCUAAUUGCUGUGUGGCUCAUCAACUCCAUUUGAGAGACUGGCAGCGCUCUGGAUGACCAAGCGAGGAACGUGGACGAUCUGAUCUCGGGAGUAAAGACUGGUUAAGAAAGAGAGAGGAAAACGCCUUUGCUUUUCUUUAGAGGGAUUGGACUGAUGUCAGAACAGCCCGUUUCUCACAGGGGAAAGCAGAGCAAGGCUUAUGAGCGAUUCCAGGCUGAGCAGGAGCAGAGACUGCCUCUAAAAGCAGUUAUUCUGUUACUUGUCUGAGAAGCGUCAGCAGAUGGACUUUGGUUUCAGUGCUGUGAAUACUUGAGCGGCUUUGCAUGUUGGAAUACAAACAGUGAUCUCUUUUAUUCCCCUUUCCCUGUACGUUUACCUGCUGAAAAAUGAGUGAGGAAGCAAAAGAGAAAAAUGCUAAACCAGCUCACAGGAAAAAGAAAGGAAAAAAGUCUGACACAAAUGCAAGUUACCUGAGAGCAGCUCGAGCUGGCAACUUGGAAAAGGCUCUUGACUACUUAAAAAAUGGAGUGGACAUCAACAUUUCAAAUCAGAAUGGGUUGAAUGCUCUCCAUCUCGCUUCCAAAGAAGGGCAUGUAGAAGUUGUCUCUGAGCUGAUCCAGCGAGGUGCCAGUGUGGAUGCAGCCACAAAGAAAGGAAACACUGCAUUGCACAUAGCAUCCCUUGCUGGACAAGCAGAAGUUGUCAAAGUGCUGGUUACAAAUCGGGCCAAUGUCAAUGCACAGUCUCAGAAUGGCUUCACUCCAUUGUAUAUGGCAGCCCAAGAAAACCACCUGGAGGUUGUUAAGUUUCUUCUUGACAAUGGUGCCAGUCAAAGCCUUGCCACAGAGGAUGGUUUCACACCUUUGGCAGUAGCUUUGCAGCAAGGCCAUGACCAGGUGGUUUCCCUGCUGCUGGAAAAUGACACGAAGGGGAAAGUCCGCCUUCCUGCCCUUCACAUAGCGGCUCGCAAGGAUGACACAAAGGCAGCGGCUCUGCUCCUGCAGAAUGACCACAAUGCUGACGUGGAGUCAAAGAGUGGGUUCACUCCCCUCCACAUAGCUGCUCACUAUGGAAAUAUCAAUGUAGCCACAUUGCUGUUAAAUCGGGGUGCUGCUGUGGACUUCACUGCAAGGAAUGAUAUUACACCGUUGCAUGUUGCAUCAAAAAGGGGAAAUGCAAAUAUGGUCAAACUCUUACUUGAUCGAGGAGCUAAAAUUGAUGCCAAAACAAGGGAUGGGCUGACCCCCCUCCACUGUGGAGCAAGAAGUGGCCAUGAACAAGUUGUAGAAAUGCUGCUGGAUCGUGGUGCCCCUAUUCUUUCCAAAACCAAGAAUGGUUUGUCUCCGUUGCACAUGGCAACACAAGGGGAUCAUCUAAACUGUGUUCAGCUCCUGAUUCAGCACAAUGUGCCUGUAGACGACGUCACCAAUGACUACCUGACUGCGCUGCAUGUUGCUGCCCACUGUGGCCACUACAAAGUCGCCAAGGUUCUCUUGGACAAGAAAGCCAACCCUAAUGCCAAAGCACUGAAUGGUUUCACACCUCUUCACAUUGCCUGCAAGAAGAACAGAAUAAAAGUAAUGGAACUUCUUCUAAAGCACGGUGCGUCAAUUCAAGCUGUAACUGAGUCGGGCCUAACUCCAAUCCAUGUUGCUGCCUUCAUGGGACAUGUAAAUAUUGUAUCGCAGCUAAUGCAUCAUGGAGCAUCCCCCAACACUACCAAUGUGAGAGGAGAGACAGCACUGCACAUGGCAGCCAGAGCUGGCCAGACAGAGGUCGUCCGGUACCUGGUACAAAACGGAGCCCAGGUGGAGGCAAAAGCCAAGGAUGACCAAACGCCGCUGCACAUUUCUGCCCGCCUGGGAAAAGCAGACAUUGUGCAGCAGCUGCUGCAGCAGGGAGCAUCUCCCAAUGCAGCCACCACGUCAGGCUACACACCUCUGCACCUUUCUGCUCGGGAAGGGCAUGAAGAUGUAGCUUCUGUUCUUUUGGAUCAUGGUGCAUCUCUGUCUAUCAUCACCAAGAAAGGAUUUACUCCACUACAUGUGGCUGCAAAGUACGGGAAAAUUGAGGUAGCCAACCUCCUGCUUCAGAAGAAUGCAUCUCCUGAUGCUUCUGGAAAGAGCGGUUUAACACCACUGCAUGUAGCUGCACACUACGAUAAUCAAAAAGUGGCCCUCCUCCUGUUGGACCAGGGAGCUUCACCUCAUGCCUCUGCCAAGAACGGGUACACGCCCCUGCACAUAGCUGCCAAGAAGAACCAGAUGGACAUAGCAACCACACUGCUGGAAUAUGGUGCUGAUGCCAACGCAGUCACCAGGCAGGGCAUCGCCCCUGUCCACCUCGCCUCCCAGGAUGGCCACGUGGACAUGGUGUCACUGCUGCUCUCUAGAAAUGCUAAUGUCAACCUCAGCAACAAGAGUGGACUGACGCCCCUCCACCUGGCUGCCCAAGAAGAUAGGGUCAAUGUAGCAGAGGUUCUGGUUAACCAGGGAGCUGCUGUUGAUGCACAGACAAAGAUGGGAUACACUCCUUUGCACGUUGGCUGCCACUACGGAAACAUAAAAAUUGUGAACUUCCUUCUGCAACAUUCUGCAAAAGUUAAUGCCAAAACGAAGAACGGGUACACGCCGCUGCACCAGGCGGCACAGCAGGGGCACACCCACAUCAUCAACGUCCUGCUCCAGCACGGCGCUGCGCCCAACGAGCUCACUGUGAAUGGAAACACUGCCCUCGCCAUUGCUAAGCGACUUGGCUACAUUUCAGUUGUUGACACACUGAAGGUGGUGACAGAAGAAACCAUGACUACAAUUACUGUUACAGAAAAGCACAAAAUGAAUGUACCCGAAACCAUGAAUGAAGUUCUUGAUAUGUCUGAUGAUGAAGUUCGUAAAGCCAAUGCCCCUGAAAUACUCAGUGAUGCUGAAUAUUUGUCAGAUGUUGAAGAAGGUGAGGAUGCAAUGACAGGUGAUACAGACAAAUACCUCGGACCCCAGGAUCUGAAAGAGCUGGGAGAUGAUUCUCUGCCUGCUGAAGGAUACAUGGGCUUCAGCCUGGGAGCCCGGUCUGCCAGCCUCCGCUCCUUCAGUUCGGAUAGGUCCUACACGCUGAACAGGAGCUCCUAUGCCCGGGACAGCAUGAUGAUUGAAGAGCUGCUGGUCCCAGCAAAGGAUCAGCACCUGACGUUUCAAAGGGAGUUUGAUUCUGAUUCUCUCAGGCACUAUAGCUGGGCUGCAGACACCUUGGACAAUGUUAACCUUGUUUCGAGUCCCAUCCAUUCUGGUUUCCUGGUUAGUUUUAUGGUGGAUGCACGCGGGGGUUCGAUGAGGGGCAGUCGGCACCACGGCAUGAGGAUAAUCAUCCCACCGCGGAAGUGCACGGCACCCACCCGCAUCACCUGCCGCCUGGUAAAGAGGCACAAACUGGCCAGCCCACCACCCAUGGUUGAAGGAGAAGGAUUGGCAAGUCGACUUGUAGAAAUGGGGCCAGCAGGGGCACAGUUUUUAGGCCCUGUCAUAGUGGAAAUCCCACAUUUUGGAUCAAUGCGAGGCAAGGAAAGAGAACUGAUCGUACUCCGAAGUGAGAAUGGUGAAACGUGGAAAGAGCACCAGUAUGACAGCAAACAUGAAGAUUUAACUGAAAUACUCAAUGGCAUGGAUGAAGAGCUGGAUAGCGUGGAGGAACUGGAGAAGAAGCGAAUCUGCAGGAUUGUCACCAAGGAUUUCCCCCAGUACUUCGCAGUGGUUUCCCGGAUCAAGCAGGAGAGUAACCAGAUCGGCCCCGAGGGCGGGGUGCUGAGCAGCACCACGGUGCCACGUGUCCAGGCCUCCUUCCCCGAGGGGGCUCUGACCAAGAGAAUCCGCGUGGGGCUCCAGGCUCAACCAGUUCCAGAAGAGAUUGUCAAAAAAAUCCUUGGAAACAAAGCAACAUUCAGUCCUAUUGUCACUGUGGAGCCCAGAAGAAGAAAAUUCCAUAAGCCAAUAACCAUGACAAUUCCUGUGCCACCUCCAUCAGGAGAAGGAGUAACCAACGGGUACAAAGGAGACACAACUCCCAGCCUUCGACUCCUAUGUAGCAUUACAGGAGGCACUUCACCUGCACAGUGGGAGGAUAUCACAGGCACCACUCCGCUGACAUUUUCCAACGACUGUGUCUCCUUCACCACCAACGUUUCUGCCAGAUUUUGGCUUGCAGACUGCCACCAAGUACUAGAGACUGUUGGGCUGGCAACACAGCUUUAUAGAGAAUUAAUAUGCGUUCCUUAUAUGGCAAAGUUUGUGAUAUUUGCCAAAAUGAAUGACCCUGUGGAAUCCAAUUUGCGCUGCUUCUGCAUGACUGACGACAAAGUGGACAAAACUUUGGAACAACAAGAGAACUUUGAGGAAGUUGCAAGAAGCAAAGACAUUGAGGUUCUUGAAGGAAAACCUAUUUAUGUUGAUUGCUAUGGAAAUCUGGCCCCUUUGACUAAAGGAGGACAGCAGCUUGUUUUUAAUUUUUAUGCUUUCAAAGAAAAUAGACUGCCAUUCUCUAUCAAGGUAAGAGACACCAGCCAGGAACCCUGUGGUCGAUUAUCAUUUUUGAAAGAACCAAAGACUACAAAAGGACUGCCACAAACAGCUGUUUGCAACUUGAAUAUCACUCUGCCAGCACACAAAAAGGAAACAGAGUCAGAUCACGAUGAUGAGGCGGAGAAAGCUGACCGGCGCCAGAACUUCGUCUCCCUUGCUUUACGUAAGCGCUACAGCUAUCUGACUGAGCCUGGAAUGAUUGAACGGAGUGCAGGAGCAACAAGAUCCCUACCUGCUACUUACUCAUACAAGCCUUUCUUUUCAACACGGCCAUAUCAGUCAUGGACAACAGCUCCAAUCACAGUGCCUGGGCAAACCAAAUCAGGCUUUACUUCCUUAUCAAGCUCUUCCUCUAACACUCCUACAGCUUCCCCAUUAAAAUCAAUAUGGUCUGUUUCUUCUACUUCUCCAAUCAAAUCUACGUUAGGAGCUUCUACCACAUCUUCAGUUAAAUCUGUUAGUGAUGUAGCAUCUCCGAUUAGAUCGUUUCGGACAAUCUCUUCGCCAAUAAAAACUGUGGUCUCACAGCCUCCCUACAAUAUGCAGGUUACUUCAGGCUCUUUCGUCAGAGCUCCCGCAGUCACAGAAGCUGCCAGUCUCAAAGGGCUGGCCUCCACUACCACAUUCCCCUCUCGGACAUCUCCAGUGACUACAGCAGGAUCUCUCUUGGAGAGAUCAUCCAUAACCAUGACGCCUCCAGCAUCCCCCAAAUCCAACAUUAACAUGUACUCUUCGAGCUUGCCACUUAAAUCGGUCAUGACAUCAGCAUCUUCACUUUUAUCGUCCCCUCUAAAGUCAGUGGUGUCACCUGCAAAGUCAGCAGUUGAUGCUGUUUCAUCCACUAAAGUCAUGAUGGCCUCGUCUCUCUCGUCGCCAGCAAAACAUGUAGCUGGGCACACAGAUGUGCCAUUGCUUAAUGGGUCUGUGUCACCUCUGAAAUACCCAUCUUCUGCCAACUUAAUAAAUGGAUCCAAGGCUGCAGGUGUUUUUCAAGACAAGAUCUCUGCAGCUGCACAUUCUGCAACUUGUGCUGCUAAUGCAGUUGCUGACACGGCUGAGAGAGUGUUUUCAACAGCUACAACAAUGUCAUUUUCUCCACUCAGGUCAUUUGUGUCUUCAGCACCAUCAGCUUUCCAGUCAAUGAGAACUCCUCCUGCAGGUGCUUUGUACACAGCUCUUGGGUCAAUAUCUGCAACUACCUCAUCAGUAACUUCAUCGACGAUAACAGUGCCAGUAUAUUCUGUAGUCAAUGUUUUGUCUGAACCAGCAUUAAAGAAGCUCCCAGAGUCGUCUUCACUUACAAAAUCAGCUGCUGCGUUACUGUCACCUAUUAAAACAUUGACUACAGAGGCACGCACACAACCCACCUUUACUCGAACUUCCUCUCCAAUAAAAUCAUCCUUGUUUUUAGCACCCUCUGCUCUCAAAUUGUCCACACCAUCUUCCUUAUCCUCCAGUCAGGAGAUACUGAAAGAUGUUGCUGAAAUGAAAGAGGAUCUUAUAAGAAUGACUGCAAUAUUGCAGACAGAUGUCGCAGAGGACAAGCCGUUCCAACCUGACAUACAAAAAGAGGGUAGAAUUGAUGAUGAAGAGCCCUUUAAAAUUGUUGAGAAAGUAAAAGAGGACUUAGUAAAAGUUAGUGAGAUUCUGAAAAAGGAUGUGUGUUUAGAAAGUAAAGGGUCGGCUAAAGUAUCCAAAAGUGAUCAAGGACACCUGUCUGAGGAUGACUGGGUAGAGUUCAGUACAGAGGAGAUUGAUGAAGCAAGACAGCAAGCUUUGACAAGCCCUCCUAUAUCUGUUCCAGAGAAGGUCCAAAUUAAAACUAAAACCAUGUCGGAAAAGGAUUAUAGCUUGUCAAAAGUUAUUGAUUACUUAGCAAAUGAUAUCGGUAGCAGUUCAUUAACAAACAUAAAGUACAAGUUUGAAGAGGGGAAAAAAGAAGGUGAAGAGAGACAAAAGCGCAUUUUAAAACCAGCCAUCGCUUUGCAGGAACAUAAACUUAAAAUGCCUCCAGCCUCCAUGAGGCCUUCAACAUCAGAAAAGGAGUUAUGUAAAAUUGCAGACUCCUUUUUUGGAACAGACACUAUUUUAGAGUCUCCAGAUGACUUUUCUCAACAUGAUCAAGAUAAAAGUCCCUUGUCUGACAGUGGCUUUGAAACGAGGAGCGAAAAGACACCUUCUGCCCCACAAAGUGCUGAAAGCACAGGGCCAAAGCCACUUUUCCAUGAUGUGCCCAUCCCUCCCGUCAUUACAGAAACAAGGACUGAAGUAGUUCACGUCAUCCGCAGCUACGAACCAUCAUCGGAAGAUAUUCCAGAGCAGAAGGCAGAGGAGCCGUCAGCCUCAAAACCUACCCCUACAUUUAUGGAGCUGGAGCAAAAACCUUCUGGGUCCAUUAAAGAGAAGGUUAAAGCUUUUCAAAUGAAAGCCAGUGGCAGUGAAGAAGACGACCAUAAGUGCGUCCUUAGUAAAGGUGUCCGAGUAAAAGAAGAAACUCAUAUCACUACAACAACUAGGAUGGUUUAUCAUAAACCUCCAUGCACAGAAAGUACCUCUGAAAGAAUUGAGGAAACAAUGUCUGUUCAUGACAUAAUGAAAGCCUUUCAGUCUGGACGUGACCCUUCCAAAGAACUGGCAGGUCUGUUUGAACAUAAAUCAUCAGUAACAUCCGAUGUUAGCAAGUCUGCUGAAACUUCACCACAACAUGCAGAGAAGGACAGCAAAAUGAAACCCAAACUGGAGCGAAUAAUAGAGGUCCAUAUUGAACAAGGUAAUCAGGCUGAACCUACUGAAGUCAUUAUUAGAGAAACAAAAAAGCAUCCAGAAAAAGAAAUGUAUGUAUAUCAGAAAGACUUACCUCGGGGAGAUAUUAACUUAAAAGAGUUGGAAAAACAUGAUGCUUUUCCUUGUUCAGAUGAACAAGGUCAGCAAGAAGAAGAGGAGCUCACGGCUGAAGAGUCACUUCCUUCUUAUCUGGAAUCCUCUAGAGUUAACACUCCCGUGUCCCAGGAAGAAGACAGUCGCCCUAGUUCUGCUCAACUCAUGUCUGAUGACUCUUACAAAACACUGAAGCUUUUGAGUCAGCACUCAAUAGAAUACCAUGAUGAUGAGUUGUCAGAACUAAGAGGGGAGUCUUACAGGUUUGCUGAGAAAAUGCUUCUUUCAGAAAAGCUAGAUGUGUCUCAUUCUGAUACUGAGGAGUCAGUUACUGACCAUGCUCUACCCCUUAGUGCAGAGUUACAGGGGACUGAUAAACGAUGCAGAGAAAAAGUAGCUACUGCCCCCAAAAAAGAGAUUCUCUCAAAAAUCUAUAAAGAUGUAUCUGAAAAUGGUGUAGGUAAAAUGUCUAAGGAGGAUCAUUAUGAUAAAGUGACAGUGUUACACUACACUGGAGAUGUUAGUAGUCACAAACAUGCGAUGUGGAUGCGCUUUACUGAGGACAGAUUAGACAGAGGUAGAGAAAAGUUGAUAUAUGAAGACAGGGUGGACAGGACUGUUAAAGAGGCAGAAGAAAAACUGACUGAAGUAUCCCAGUUUUUUCGGGAUAAAACAGAGAAGCUGAAUGAUGAGCUACAGUCUCCAGAGAAAAAGCAGCAUAAAAAAAAUGGCAAGGAAAUACAUUCUAGCCAGAGCUCUGCCAGCAGCAGCCCUGAGAAAGUUCUGCUCUCUGAAUUGCCAUCGUCUGGGGAUGAAUGCAGUAAGGUGAAGCAGUAUGCACAUGAUGGGAAGUGCUUUCCCAAGGUGGAUGAAAGAAAAGCAUCCAGUUUGCCCAGCAGUCCUGAGAAAAGGAUAUAUGUGCAACCUGCAGAGGACUCUAAACUAACUAUGGAACACAAAGGAAGUGCUCAGCAGACUGGAGUACCUGAGACUGGAUUUCAGCUGAAGCAAUCAAAGCUCAGUUCCAUUAGGCUUAAAUUUGAACAAGGUAUAAGUCCCAGAAGUAAGGACAUAAGUCAAGAAGAAAAAAAGCUGGAUGGUCAGUCCAAAAUUCCAGUAAAAAAAUUGCAAGAAAGUAAGUUACCAGUGUAUCAGUCCUAUUCAAGAGAGAAACAUGCAAAGCAAAUAGAGGUCAUUGAUGGGAGCACAGCUUUACAGAAAGAGGUCAAAGUACAGGAAGACCUUGUUCCAGGUAAAGGGAAAGCUGUGGAAGACUUUCAUGCUUCAGACACACAAAAACAAAGAACUGAGAUAAGGAAAGUCAUGCCAGAAUGCUUUUCAGAACCACGGGCAAAAGACCUGGUGUAUGGCUCAGACUCAACAACAAAGGGACACUGGGACAAGAAAAUCUAUAGGACAUGGGAAAGUCCUGGAACUUCUAACCAUAAAACACAGAAGGAAAAGCUUUCACAUGUGCUGGUUCCAGAUACAGUGAAAGAAAACCAUGUUGAUCAUGCUGAAUCUAAAACUGACAAAAAAAGUGAAUUUAUCACUGUGACAGAGCACAAAGUGGCCUCAAAUGGAAUUAAUUCAGAAGAAGUGAAGGAACUGACUGUAAAAUCCCCCUCAAAAAGGGUUUUGUAUAGAGAAUUUGUUGUCAGGGAGGGGGAACAUAAUGGUGAAGUGGCUGAUAAAAUAUCCAAAAGGAAAGAAGAAAUUGCUGUGUCCCAUAUUCCAGUCAGAAUUGUUGAGGAGAAGAGAGCCAUGCUUGAUGGUGUCUAUGAACUUUCAGCUAAAGUAUCUCAAUCAGCUGUGAUUCAGGAGAAAGUUGAAAGACAGAUUGAUUAUGUGGAAGAUGAAAAGAUAAAGCAUUCAGAAAUCAGAAAAGUUACCAAGCAGCAGAGCUCAAUAGGUCUAAGUCCUCCUGCUGAGGAAACAGAGCUAUCACCUAGCAAAUCACCAGAUUCUUUAGAAUGUAGCCCAGGAAAGGAAUUUCCUUCAAGUGGUGUAGUUGACCCUGGUGCCAGUGAUUACUUGGAUAAAGUUGCACCACUAGUAAGCACUGAGGGAGUAAAAGAAAUUAAGACCUUGCCUGUUUAUGUCAGUUUUGUUCAAGUAGGAAAGCAAUAUGAGAAAGAGGUACAACAAGGAAGUAUUAAAAAAAUUGUCAGUCAGGAAAGUAAGACAGUACAAGAGACGAGGGGGACAUUUUACCCAGCUAGACAGCAAAAACAACCUCCUUCUCCACAAGGUAGUCCAGAAGAUGACACGCUAGAACAAGUGUCUUUUAUAGACAGCUCUGGUAAAAGCCCUUUAACACCAGAAACACCAAGUUCAGAGGAAGUGAGUUACGAGUUUACAUCUAAAACACCUGACUCACUAAUAGCUUAUAUCCCAGGCAAGCCCAGCCCUAUACCUGAGGUAUCUGAGGAGUCAGAGGAGGAAGCAGAGGCUAAGUCAACAUCUGUGAAACAGGCAGAGGUUGAGGAACCACAGAUUGACAAAACAUUACCUAAUCUUAUAAAUAAAGACUCUAACAAAAGACCCAAAGGUAACAGAGUUGCCUAUAUUGAAUUCCCUCCUCCUCCACCACUGGAUGCAGAUCAAGGCGAGUCAGAAAAGAAGCCUCAUUAUUCCACUGAAAGUGAAAUGGAGAUGACUGAAGUGAACUUGCAAGAUGAACAUGACAAGUGCCAACUGGCUGAACCUGUCAUCAGAGUACAGCCACCUUCUCCUGUGCCACCGGGAGCAGAUGUCAGUGAUUCCAGUGAUGAUGAAUCCCUCUAUCAACCUGUUCCGCUUAAAAAGUAUACAUUCAAACUGAAAGAGCUAGAAGAUGACCAGAAAGAAACCUCAAAACCCAGAGCCCCUGAAAAGAUUGAGAAACAGAAAGAGUUAGGACAUCCCACUUCUGGGAAACCCAAUGAGUUUGACACUGGGCUUGAUUCACCCCAGAAUGAUGUAGUGCAAAAUGGGAGUAACAAUGACCAGUCUGUCACAGAGUGUUCCAUAGCAACCACUGCAGAAUUCUCCCAUGAUACCGAUGCGACAGAGAUUGACUCUCUGGACGGUUAUGAUUUGCAAGAUGAAGAUGAUGGUUUAACUGAGAGUGAUUCUAAACUUGCAGGUCCGGCAGUUGAAACCAAAAAGGACGUAUGGACUACAGAAGGCAUUCUAAAGCAGACUGAUCGCUGCUUUAGCCAGAGUAAGCUUGAAGUCAUUGAGGAGGAAGGCAAGGUAGGCCCUGAAGAAGACAAGACACCUUCAAAAGGUCCAUCUUCUGACAAAGCUGGAGAUAAAAGUGAUAAGAAGUCAGGGUCACAGUUUUUCUCUUUGGAAGGCAGACACCCUGACAGGACUGUAUUUCCCGACUCAUAUUUCAGUUACAAAGUAGAUGAAGAAUUUGCAACACCUUUCAAAACUGUGGCCACCAAGAGUCUAGAUUUUGACCCGUGGUCCAAUAACCGAGGUGACGAUGAAGUGUUUGAGACUAAAUCAAGGGAUGAUGAGGCUAAGCCAUUUGGUCUGGCAGUGGAAGACAGAUCUCAAGCAACAACACCUGACACAACACCAGCCAGAACUCCAACAGAUGAGAGUACGCCAACUAGCGAGCCCAACCCCUUCCCAUUUCAUGAGGGGAAGAUGUUUGAGAUGACUCGCAGUGGUGCAAUUGACAUGAGCAAGAGGGAUUUUGUUGAAGAAAGACUCCAAUUUUUUCAGAUUGGUCCACAGAGUCCAUGUGAACGGACAGAUAUAAGGAUGGCAAUUGUAGCUGAUCACCUAGGACUUAGCUGGACAGAACUGGCAAGAGAACUGAAUUUUUCUGUGGAUGAAAUAAAUCAAAUCCGAGUAGAAAACCCAAAUUCUCUUAUUGCUCAAAGCUUCAUGUUAUUAAAAAAAUGGGUUACCAGAGAUGGAAAAAAUGCUACAACUGAUGCCUUAACUUCUGUAUUGACAAAAAUUAAUCGAAUAGAUAUCGUGACCCUGUUGGAAGGACCAAUAUUUGAUUAUGGAAAUAUUUCAGGCACCAGAAGUUUUGCAGAUGAAAAUAACAUAUUUCAUGAUCCCAUUGAUGGUUGGCAGCCUGACUCCUCCAGCGUCUCUGAGGCACCGACGUCGGGACGCAGGAUAGGCAGCAGCCUGCUGGAUCGCCUGGACGAGAGUUCGGACCAAUGUCGGGAUUCUGUUACCUCAUAUGUCAAAGGAGAAGCAGGGAAGCCAGAAACAAAUGGAAGCCUAUCAGAGUCCACAUCAGAGGCAAAAACUAAAUCCUACAUCCAGGAAGCUUUAAAUGAUGUGGGAAAACACAGUGACAAAGAUGCCCUGAAAACAAAGUCACAGAUCUCAACUGGUACUGAUGAGCAAACAUUAUCAUCAACAGCAUACCAGAAAUCUUUGGAAGAGACCAGCAAGCCAACAACAGAAGGCAGCAAAACAUCUGUGCCUGUCAGUGUGAAGAAGAUGGGCUGGAGUACUUCUGAGGAUGGCAAGCCAAGAACAAGCAUCCAAGAGGAGGAGGGAGCAGCAAUGUCUGAACAGAAGGAAUGUAGUGACAGUGAGAGUGAGAGUGAUUCAAGCUCAGAUGAAGAGCAGAGAAUUACUACAAGAGUUUACCGGCGGCGGUUGAUUCUGAAGGGUGAGGAAGCAAAAAACAUUCCUGGUGAAUCUGUAACAGAGGAACAGUUUACCGACGAAGAAGGCAACAUCAUCACGAGAAAAAUCACCCGGAAGGUAGUAAGACGUGUUGUUAUCCCCCAUGAGAGGAAAGUUGGUGAAAUGCAGGGAGAAGCUUAUAAGGUUAAGACAAAGAAAGAAGUCAGACAUGUGGAGAAGAAAAGUUACUCAUGAAAGCCGACCACUGAACGUGUGCUUUUACUGCCAGUAUUCUAGAGGGACACUCACAGAAGCAAAAUCAACAGGAAUUAAACAUUCACCUAUAAAAGUGUGCGUGUGUUUGCUGCUUCCCCACAUUAACCGCAUGGUUUUUAUGCAAAAAGAAAAAAAAACAAAACAAAAAAAAAAAAAAAAUCCCAAACAAAAAAAACUAAUUUAGCAUGAGCCAAUUUGCAGAGCAUGGAAAUUCACGUUCAUUCACAGGAUUGGAGGGUGCGCAGUUACCAAUGCAGUGUAUAUACAAGAUGCCAUGCUGUUAACAGUUUCUCUCAAGCAGUUUGAUGUCAUCUCAAAAGAAAUAAAUUCCUGUGGACAGAGAGGAUGUGCGAAGACGAAAUGGUUAAACCAUUGGAAAGACACUAAAAAUACUGAAAUCCACAACAGCUCGCCUUAUUUUUCUUGGACCCAAACUGUCAGGGUAUAAAACACUAUUUGUUUCUUUUUUAAACAUCAAUAGUUUUGCUGUAAAUAAAUAACACUGUAUAAAUUCUAACAAAAUAGAAUAAAUGUUGAUAAGGCACUGCCUUUUCAAUCACAAACAGAAUAUUGCAAAUGCAUUGAGCAGGCUAGGUGUCUCAAAUGGCUGCACCUACAGGGAUAUUCUGGGUGUAUCUUCACAGAUUCUUGUAUAUUAGCAAUUAUAAUGUUUGUAUAUGCAAAAUCGCUAGCUUGAUUUUAAAAAAAUCUUUAAAAUCUGCUGCAAAUUUAAAUGAUUCCCAAAAUGAGGAAUUCUGUAGUUCUGUGAAAAAUUUUCUUCAGAGUACUAAUAUUUUGAUGCAUGUGUUUCACCUUAUUUUGAUUAAAUCUUUUCCAGUUUUGCAAACACUAUAUUGCAACAUGAAAAAUAAGAUUUUAUCUGUAAACACAAAGCCCUUCAUCUAAUAUUUGUUGCUGUUGCCAAUUUUUCAAUGAAAUGACCUAAGACCCAUAACAUAUACAGUAGUUGCAUUAUGGGGAGGGGGGUGCUAUCUGUUCUUGCUUUAUAAUGGGGGUAAUGCUUGCAGCUUUAGAAGUGGGUUGGUGCUCUAAGGAGCACACGUUUGGGAUAUUUUUAAAUGAACUGAAGAGAAAAUAUUAGCUAAUAGACUGGCAGCACGCUGUAAAAUUAUUACUGUAUUGUGUACUGGCUAUAAGAUGUAGAAUCUUUCAGUAAGCCAAUCAUCUGUAAUCAUCCUAGCAGUGUAAUAUUAGGUUGUUAAGGCUGCUGUGUUUUAAAGGGCAUUUUUAUUUGAUUUUUGGUGAAAUACUUUAAUUUGUUGAUUAUAUUCAUAUGGAAACAGCAUUCAUUGAUAAUAGCUCUAAUUACAUAUGUAUGAAAACAAAAAACACUGGAUGAUCUAGUUGAUUAUUUAAGCAUAAAAUAAAUUGUGUUAAAACUC